UUCGCCUGAAAUUUUAGAAUGUCCCAUGGUAGAUUCUAAAUUUUCAGGCGUUCCCAUGAACAUUUGAAAAUACAAUGUGAGGAACGCCUGCUAUUUUUGAAUCUACCAUGGGACAUUCUAAAAUUUCUGGCGUUCCUACCAUGAUAGAUUCUAAAUUUUCAGACGUUUCUCCGGCAAUUACGAAAUAAAAAAAAACGACAAAACUUCAUCCGUACUCACAGGCGACCUCUCCGAUGGCGUCGUCAAUUCCGCAAACUCAUCCAUUCACCGCUUGUGUAAAUCAUUUUUGAAUAAAGCUUUUUUUUUUUUUUAUGAAUAAUGGUGGCUGGUGGCGGUGGCUGAUUGGUGGCUAGUGGGGUAAAAAUAAAAUACGAUAAAUUUAUAAGGGAUAAAAGUAAAUUAGGGUAAAAUUAAAAGGGGGCAUGCUUGUAAUGUCAUGUUAAAAUACGGGCGUUACCCAGUAAAUACCGGACGCGAUUUAGCAAUUCACUAUAUUAAUUAUAAAAGCACAAAUAUCGAAGCAAUUUUAAUACAUUUUUGCCGCUUGAUUAACAUCUUAACUUGAUACAUGUGAUAAACUUAUAUUUUCUCAUAUAAGUAAUGUUGGAUUACUUGGAUAACAAGUCCCAUUGCUUAUAGGAAUGUAUAUUGUACUACUUUAAAAUCCAUACUGGAUUAAAAAUGGCGGCAACGAGCGAUGAAGAAAUGGAGAAGUUACUCUCCCUCGCUGAUCAAAUCUCCAACGAUUUCGAAAAUGGUAUCAAUGAAAUCCAAGCCCUAAAAUCCAACUUCAAUGCCGAAAUCAACCAUCGCCAAUCUCUCGAGCUCACCUGCUCCACUUUGAAGAGAGAGAAUGAACGAUUGAAGAACCUUCAUCUCGAAACCCUAAACAAUCUAAUGCUUCAUUUACAACACAAAGGAAAUUCUCACAAUUUGAAAGAGGAAUUGCAGAAAUUAACCACCGAGUCAUUCAAAGUUGCAGAAGUUCAUCGGAAAACUGUGGAAUCAUUGAAGCGAAAUCACGAGGAAGAAAUUAGGGUUCUGGAGGUUCAAAUUGGGGAGAUUUCGCGCCAAAAAUCGGCGGAUGAAGCGACGAUUUAUCAGCUGCAUCAUGAGCUGAUUUCGUUACGGAGUCGAAUGAAGGAUGUGGAGGAGAAGAGUCGAGGAGAGAUUGAGGAUUUGAGGGAUUGUAUUUUCGCAGAGCAGGAAGAGAAGAAGGAAUUGAGUAAGAAAGUUAGGGAUUUGGAGAAGGAAUUGCUCGUUUCGAAGACGAAACAGUUUUCUUCAUCGGACAAGCAGUUGGAUUUGCUGAAGCAGAAGAUGAUGAAAUUGAGGAGAGAAAAUGAAGCCCUAAAAAAACAGCUCAUUGCUUCCAAACAGAGCUAAAAGAGGAGACUUCAAAUAGGUAAAAGCACAGAAAACAUUACUUCAUUUUGAAAAUUGAAUUUUUUAUUUAGAUGGAGUAGAAAAUAUAUAUGCAUGUCUAUUUA